UUGGCUCAUUAGGUAUAUGUGAGCCACGUAGAAACUAAGAUCUGGAAUCCGAUGCUGAAAACAAAGGCAGCCAGAAGUCUGCUUUGAAUCACCAGCAUUAGCUUCAUCCUGAGCUCUGGGCUUCAGAAAGCACUUAGCCUAGCUUACAUCCGAUCUGGACAGCAUAUUCCAAGCAGAGAAAGAGAGCUCAGAAGAAAAUGGCGGAAGGAAAUUACUCCAUUGUGACUGAAUUUGUCCUCACUGGAUUAACAGAGAAGCCAGCGCUGCAGCUGCCCCUGUUCUUCCUCUUCCUAGGCAUCUAUGUGGUCACAGUCCUAGGAAACCUGGGCAUGGUCAUGCUCAUCCUGUUCUGUCCUCACCUGCACACCCCCAUGUACUUCUUCCUCAGCAAUCUGUCUUUCGUUGACCUCUGCCAGUCCAGUGUCAUCAUGCCCAAAAUGCUGGAGAAAUUUGUCAUGGUGAAGAGUGUCAUUUCUUAUGCAGAAUGCAUGGCUCAGUUUUACUUAUUUGAUGUUUUUGCCGUUUCAGAGUGCCACAUGCUGGCUGCCAUGGCAUAUGAUCGCUAUGUUGCCAUCUGUAACCCCUUGCUGUAUAAUGUUACCAUGUCCUACAAAGUGUGUUCCUGGAUGGUAGUGGGGGUGUAUAGUAUAGGCUUGGUUUGCGCCACAGGGGAAACAGUCUGCCUGCUUAGACUGUUUUUCUGCAAAGCUGAUGAUAUAAACCACUACUUCUGUGAUCUUUUACCACUACUGGAACAAUCCUGUUCCAGUACAUUUAUCAAUGAAAUACUAGGACUCUCCUUCAGUUCAUUUAAUAUUACUGUCCCAGCUCUGACCAUCCUCAGUUCCUACAUCUUCAUCAUAGCCAACAUCCUCCGUAUUCCUUCCACUGAGGGCAGGUCCAAAGCCUUUGGUACUUGCAGUUCCCACAUCUUGGCUGUUGCUGUCUUCUUUGGAUCUUUAACAUUCAUGUACCUUCAACCAUCAUCAGUCAGCUCCAUGGACCAAGGAAAGGUGUCCUCUGUGUUUUAUACCAUUGUUGUGCCCAUGCUGAACCCUUUGAUCUAUAGUCUGAGGAAUAAGGAUGUCAAAGUUGCUUUCUAUAAGACUGUAGGAAGAAGACAAUUCAUGUGAAAUGAAGGACACGGUUAAGCAAAACUUUACAACUGAAGAGGCCUUUGAAGUAUACAGUAAAGACAUACAGCACAUCCUCAUGAGUCAUAGGGUUUUAUGAAUGCUUGGUUAUUCAUCUGAGGAUGAAGUCCACUGCCACUCUGGGUGCCCCACAAUCUGACUGUCCAGAAGUAUGUACAUUACUUUUAAAUAGGUUUUCAAAUAGCAAGCACAUCAUAUAGUUAUUCUGCUUUGUAAGUCUGGAACACUGUUCUUUUUAGGUAAAAUUUAUUUUUGUUAAGUCAGACAGUAAUUGAUUUUCAGUAACAUUUGAAUUGCUUAAUAUUUGGGCUUCUUGAAUUUUUAAAUUAAGUGUACUGGUAGUCAAAGUUUAGAAACUAUGACUUUAAGUGAACAAUUGUAACCAUUUGAAAUAUAAAUGUACAAUCAUAUUUUUUACUAUACUCAUAGAAAUAUGGUUGACUAUAUAUGAAUAACUAACGAGAUUUUCUACUUGCAAUGAUAGGCUGUACUGAAAGAGACUGAAUUCUUUAUGCACAUGAUGGCAGGCAUGGCUGUGACAUUCCUUCUGACACAGUUUCAGGAUUACACUACCACCUUUGUUUCCUAAGCCAUUUUGUAUCUUUCCCAUGCUUCAAGGAAAGUCCAUCCAUUUAUUUUUUUUCCUCAUGAGACUCUUAGGCUGAAGACACAGCUCAGAGACUGAGUGCAAACUGUUCUUGCUGAGAUCUCAGGGCUGAUUCCUAAUCGUGGUGGGCAGCUCACAACCUCCUCUAAUUCUAGUGGCAUCGGAUUUUCUAGCGCUGCCUUCAAGUGCACAAAGCCAUUGCUCCCUCACACAUGUACGUGCAAUUAAAAAUAAACCAACAUAUUUGAAAAAUGACAUUCUUUUACAGUUACAUUCAUAUCAGCCACAUAUUCACAUAAAAAC